GCCAGAUUCACGCUUUGUCACCGUUCAACAGCGCGCAUGCUCGGUGCACUUUGACCACCCGCUCUGGGGGCGGGUCUACGACGAGAGGGUGACGCAUGCCCUGUAGUCUGCCUUGAGUCAUCGGCGCCGCAGUUGCCUCCUCCGACGCCACCUUCACCCUUGUCACCACUCCCUCCCUCGCUCCCUCCCUCCCUGUGGAGAAGAUGGAGCCGGUGACUGUCGCCAGUGAGAACGGGGACUGGCCGGGGGCCCCGCUAGGCUCAGGCCUGUCGGAAUCCCAGCGUCGGGCCGAGCUGAGGCGGAGGAAGCUGCUCAUGAACUCAGAACAGCGCAUCAAUCGGAUCAUGGGCUUUCACAGGCCCGGGAGCGCGGAAGAAGAAAGUCAAAUAAAUUCAAGGCAGCAGGAGAGUGAUAAACUGAAUUCCCUCAACAUUCCUUCAGUUUCAAAGCGAAUAGUGCUGGGUGAUUCUGUCAGUUCAGGAACCAUUGACCAGCAGAGUGUGGCUGAGGGGAAGGGAACUCAGCUGGGAGACAAACUGGACUCUUUCAUGAAGCCCUCUGAAUGCAGUAGUGAUGCCAGCCUGGAUCUUCGGCAACGGAACAGAGGGGACCUGUCAACUGAUACUGUCCAAAGGGGUUCUCGCCAUGGCCUAGAACAGUACCUCUCCCGAUUUGAAGAAGCAAUGACGCUAAGGAAACAGCUGAUUAGUGAAAAACCCAAUCAAGAGGAUGGAAAUACAGCAGAAGAAUUUGACUCUUUUCGAAUAUUUAGAUUGGUGGGAUGCGCCCUUCUUGCCUUUGGAGUCAGAGCUUUUGUUUGCAAAUACUUGUCCAUAUUCGCUCCAUUUCUUACUUUACAACUUGCAUACAUGGGACUAUACAAAUAUUUUCCUAAGGGUGAAAAGAAGAUAAAGACAACAGUACUAACAGCUGCACUUUUGUUAUCUGGAAUUCCUGCUGAAGUGAUAAAUCGAUCAAUGGAUACCUACAGCAAAAUGGGCGAAGUCUUCACAGACCUCUGUGUCUACUUUUUCACUUUUAUCUUUUGUCAUGAACUGCUUGAUUAUUGGGGUUCUGAAGUACCAUGAACCUGUAGAAUCAGGAUAGUCUUACAAAAAGAAAGUUUCUCUUCCAUAUCGAAAUAUCUUGAAAGGAUACAAAUUGGUUUACACCUUUAUGUAAUACUCUACUAUAUAGGAGUUGUAAAACUACUUGGUUAAGAAUGAGACUGCAGGUUCCCUGAUUUAAAAGGGCUGAGUAUGUAUUAGUAACUAAUAUGAAGAAUAGAAUAUCAGUGUCAUUAAUUGAUGUUUUUGUUUAAUUGUAAUAGAAUUGCUAGUCUGUACCUCUUCCUAACUUCUCAGAUUCGUAAUUGCUCUUCUUAGGAGCUGAGCUAGUGCUUUUAGGAAAGCAAAUUAAUGUGUUUUUUGCCAGCUUCAAGGGCUGCAUCUUGUAUUUGUAUUCUGUCCUGAGAAAUGGAGUCAUCAUAAAAAUAAAAUGAAAGAACCUGAAUUCUCUAAUGUUAACUCUGCACUACUGACCUCUGAGGGAUAAAUGAGACAGCCAAUUCACUUCCUUAUUGAGUCUUAAUUUUUACUCCAAUAUAAAUAUUUAAUGGAAAGAAUUAUUGAUUCAUAUUUGUGAAAGUAGAAGGUAUUUAAGAAAUGUUUAUUUAUUUUACUUUAAUUUUUAUUUAUGAAGGUUUGUAUUACCAAAGCCAGAAUUGGGUAUUUUUACUUUUGAGCUUUAAAUUUUCAGAAGAAUGUUUUUAAGUCAAAUUAGAAUAGAAUGACUAGAUAUAAAAAAUGGAAUUUAAUUGCCUGAGGUGUGCAAUCCAGUAACAUAAAUACCCUUUUAACUAACAACACUGUUUUACUUGUUUUCUUUAAAAAAAUACUAUAAAGCAUAAGUGUUAUAUCACUUGGUAAUACAUUUCUUUACAAAUUUUUGUAUGGUCUAUUUGGUUAAUCCUUGUGAUAUUAAAUACAUAUAUACUUUUUAAAAUUA